AUGUGCACUGAGAGGUGUGCCAAGUGCCUGGGCAGCACCCUCAUUCCCCUCGCUGUGUCUGCCUUCCUGGCUCACCUCCUGCUAUUUUUCCCUGGAGGAAAAGUGAUAGACAACAAUGACCACCUUUCUGACGAGGUCUGGUAUUUUGGAGGAAUAUUAGGAAGCGGGGUCUUGAUGAUCUUCCCUGCGCUGGUGUUCUUGGGCCUGAAGAACAAUGACUGCUGCAGGUGCUGUGGCAACGAGAGCUGUGGGAAGCGCUUUGCGAUGUUCAUCUCCACAAUAUUUGCUGUGGUUGGAGUCUUGGGUGCCGGCUACUCAUUUAUCAUCUCAGCUGUCUCCAUCCACAAGGGUCCAAAAUGCCUCAUGGUCAAUAAUAGCACGUGGGGAUACCCCUUCCUGGACGGAGAUUACCUCAGGGACAGUGACUUAUGGAGCCAGUGCCAAAAGCCUGACAACGUGAUUCCCUGGCAUCUGACCCUCUUCUCCAUCCUGCUGAUCAUAGGAGCAGUUCAGAUACUUAUCUGUGCCAUCCAGGUGAUCAACGGCCUCCUGGGGACCCUGUGUGGAGACUGCCAGUGCUGUGGCUGCUGUCAGGGAGAUGGACCAGUCUAA